AUGCCCAACCCCACGGAGACUUCUGGGGCCCUCUGCACACCUGUGAGCGGCGACCACCUCGAGGCCAGAAGGCGGGUAGCUGUGAAACGCGGGGCGGCCGCGCGUGGGUUGAGCGCGGGCCGAGACAGCUGUGAGCCGGCCGGCGCCGCAGGUGCGGCUCAUUGGCGCCCGCGCAGGAGUGAAGAGCCCGGCGGGCGCUCUGCGGGGCUCGCUGCUGUCGCCGCUUUCCGCAGCUGCGGCGGAGGAAGCGGGGCGGGGUCCCGGCGCGGGGGGGCCAUGCGGGCGCAGGCCGGGGCGGGUCUGCUGCUGUUGCUCGCCGUCGGCCUCCCCCAAAGCCUAGGGCUGAAGUGUGGGAUCCCUGCUGUUGAUGUCGAACGUAGGACAACUGUCUUGGAUUCUGGGUUCUUCUCUGGAAGUACUCGCUGGAGGGAUUCAGCAGUUGGUGGACAACCGUGGCAGGUCUCCCUAAAAUUAGGCGAGCACCGCUUCUGUGCAGGAAGCUUGAUCCAAGAUGAUCUGGUUGUUACAGCAGCACACUGCUUGGUUGGCCUCAAUGAGAAGCAAAUUAAGAGUCUGACUGUGACUGGGGGGCACAACCUCUUUCCGGAGGGUAAACAAGAACAGAAGAUUCCUGUUUCAAAAAUGAUUAUCCAUCCUGAGUACAACAGACUUGGAUAUAUGAGCUCUGAUAUUGCACUGCUGUAUUUAAAACACAAAGUCAAGUUUGGAACUGCUGUUCAGCCAAUCUGUCUUCCCCAUAAAGAUGAUAAAUUUGAAGCAGGGCUUCUUUGCAUGACCAGUGGAUGGUGCAAGAUUUCAGAGACAUCAGAGUAUUCAGAUGUCCUACAAGAAGUAGAGCUUCCCAUCAUGGAUGACAGAACGUGUAAUUCUGUGCUGACGGGUAUGAAUUUUCCUCUCCUGGGGAGGACCAUGAUGUGUGCCAGUUUUCCUGAUGGGGAAAAGGAGGCCUGUCAGGGAGACUCUGGAAGUCCAUUUGUUUGUAGAAGAGGCAAUGGAAUCUGGGUCCUUGCUGGGAUAACUUCCCAGGGAGCUGGUUGGACUAGAGGUUGGCCUUUAAGAAAUAACCAUAGAAGGGCAUCACCUGGCAUUUUCUCCAAGGUGUUUGAGUUGAUGGAUUUUAUCACUCAGAACACAUUCACAGAUUGUAGAUCUGAGAGAACAGUGUUAUUUGGAGAAAAUGGGAAGAUUCGUUACCACCAUUCCAAAGAAAGCAGCUGUUCUCAUAAUUGCUUAUGUAUGUGGAAAAUAAUGGUACCAGAAGAUAAAAUUAUCCUGAUAAAAUUUGCAAGCUUAGACAUACAAAAUCAAGUUGGUUGUGACCAUGGCUAUAUAUCUUUACAAUCAAGCAAUGGAGUGCUUAUUAGUAAGGUCUGUGGAGAUAAAUUGCCUUCACCAUUGCUGACUGAGACCAGUGAGGCCACAGUUACAUUUGUUUCUGAUCCAGAAAACGGUGGCAGCAGCUUUGAGCUUACAUUUACUGCUGUUCAGAAGAACUCAGAAGCUGGUUCAGGCUGUGGGAGUGUAGCUGUAUUGGUGGAAGAAGGGAUGAUUCACUCUGCCAGUUAUCCUGACUCGUAUCCCAUGAAUGUAAAGUGUCAUUGGUUCAUUCGUGCUCCGGAGAAACACAUUAUAAAGUUGGAAUUUGAGGACUUUAUCACUGAAUUUAGCCCAAACUGUAUUUAUGAUGCUGUUGUGAUUUAUGGUGAUCCUGAAGAGGAGCACGAGUUAGCUAAACUUUGUGGGAUCUUGAACCCUACUCCAAUAUUCAGUCCUCAUAAUAUGCUGGUGAUUCAUUUUAAAAGUGAUGGUGAAAAUAACUUCCGAGGCUUCAAGGCUAGUUUCACCUUUUUGCUCUCAGGUAUCUGUGGCAUCCCUCCAUUUAGUCUCCAGUGGCUUUCCAGAAGAACUGUAGUGGGGGAGGAAGCCUGUCCCCACUGUUGGCCAUGGCAGGUGGGUGUGAGGUUUCAAGGCAGUCACCAGUGUGGAGGUGCCAUCCUCAACCCAACCUGGAUUCUCACUGCAGCCCAUUGUGUGCAAUCGAAAAAUAAUCCACUCUUCUGGACCAUUGUUGCUGGGGACCAUGACAGAACCCUGAAGGAAUCAACUGAGCAGGUGAGAAGGGCCAAGCACGUUGUGGUGCAUGAAGACUUUGAUAGCUGGAGCUUUGACUCUGACAUCGCCCUAAUACAACUGAGCUCUCCUCUGGCGUUCAACUCCGUCGUGAGGCCGGCGUGUCUCCCAGAAAGCACGGAGCCACUCUUUUCCUCUGAGAUCUGUGCUGUGACUGGAUGGGGAAGCAUUAGUGAAGGUGGCGGCCUCGCAAGGCGCUUGCAGCAGAUUCAGGUGCUUGUGUUAGAAAGAGAGGUCUGUGAACACGUUUACCGCUCUCACCCAGGAGGGAUCACAGAGAGGAUGAUCUGUGCUGGCUUUGCAACCUCUGAAGGGAAGGAUUUCUGUCAGGGAGACUCUGGUGGGCCAUUAGUAUGUCGACAUGAUAAAGGUCCCUUUGUCCUCUAUGGUAUUGUCAGCUGGGGAGCUGGCUGUGCCCAAACAAGGAAACCAGAUGUAUUUGCCAGGGUGAGUGUCUUCUUGGACUGGAUCCAAUCCAAAAUCAAAGGUCCUGCUUCACUUCGGAUAAAUAAUGAAAGAAAAACCUUAACAAGACAACAGUUGCCACCACCCACACCUUCAAUAGACAAUGAGUCUGGACCAGGUUGUUAUUCUGAAGUGGAGCUAGAAGAGCCCAGAGGCUUUUUUUCAACUCCAAGAUAUCCACUGGAUUAUAGAGGAAAACUGGAAUGUUCCUGGGUGCUCAGAAUUUCACCUAGCAGUAUGGCAAAAAUGACGGUUGAAUAUCUGUCACUCCCUGGGUCUCCAAUAUGUCCAGAUUCAGUUAUGACUAUUUAUGAAGAAAGCCACAGUAAGAGAAGGGUGUCAGGUGAAUUAUGUGGAAGAGGGCUUUACCCGAUGAUUUUCAUGAGCUCUGGACCACUGGUGAGGGUGACAUUUCGUUCCCUUGUGCAAGGUGCUUUGGGCAUAAGUUAUAUUGUCUUUAGAGUCCAAGGUCCAAAAGGCCGUAAAACUCCCAAACUUCUCCAAAGUUCAAACCGAGAACAUGUGGCCACUUAUGAGGAUGUUAUUCUGACUGAACCAGGAGGAAUCAUACAGAUCCCAAGAUACUCUCACAGAACCACUAUGAGUUGCCACUGGAAGUUAUUAGCCCCUUUAGAUCACAUCAUUCGCCUUGAUAUUAUCAACUUCCAGAUGAAGUCGACACCCUUGGCCUGUCAGGGUCAUAUAUGGGUUUAUGAAGGAUUUGGAUCAGGCAAAAAAUUAAUAGGGUCUAAGAGAAACACAAAUGUGCCGCCAACUAGGCUGGGGGAGCCCAGGGUAGUUGGUGGCCGUGCCAGCACCUGCAAAGUCGUGGCCUGGCUGGUCAGUCUGCUAGCACAAGGACAACAUUUCUGCGGAGGUGCUCUGAUCGCCAAGCAGUGGGUCCUGACCGCAGCGCACUGUAACUUUAGAGGUUUCAAUCUGAUUCAGAGAUCUGUAAUAUCCACCAACUGCCUAUUUGCCUCUGCUGUCGGAGAUUCGGGAGGCCCUCUGCAGUGUGUGCAGGACGGACAAUACAAGCUCAUCGGUAUCGUGAGCUGGGGCAGCAGUAACUGCCAGCCCACUGCACCAACAGUCUUUGCCAGAAUUUCUGCCUACAGGGACUGGAUCACAUCUGUCACUGGAGGAGAAGUGUUGAUCACUAAAGAGUAG